ACUUGUCAAUAAAUUUAUUGAAAAAAGAAAACAAUUUGUAUAAUUUUGGACUGAAAUAUUACCAAAAUGUCCAAUAAAGGACUAAAUAAAGCGAAUAAUUUAAGAAACCAACUGCAAGGCAUCAUCGCUUCAGGAGGUUCACACAAGGAUCAAGCAGAAAAAUACCGGUCCACUUUGGAAAACAUAUUAAAAGAAAGCAACAACGAUCUAAUCGAGUGUUUACAAAUAUUCAUCGAAGCCAUCGUAAACGAGAACGUCAGCUUGGUCAUUUCCCGGCAAAUUCUAACCGAAAUCAGCGCACACUUGAUGAAACUACCUGACGAUGUAUCGAAGGAAGUCUCCCAUUACAUGCUGGAGAAGGUCCAACCGAGAGUGAUCUCUUUCGAAGAGCAAGUAGCCAGCAUUCGUCAACACUUGGCGGACAUAUACGAAAGGAACCAAAUGUGGAGAGACGCCGCCGUAGUGUUGGUCGGAAUACCUCUAGAAACAGGCCAGAAACAAUACUCUGUGGAUUACAAGUUGGAAACGUAUCUGAAAAUCGCUCGAUUGUAUCUGGAAAACGACGAUCCCGUUCAAGCCGAGGCUUUCAUCAACAGGGCGUCGCUGUUGCAAGCCGAGUCUCGUAACGAGCAGCUGCAAAUCUACUACAAAGUGUGCUAUGCUCGCGUGUUAGAUUACAGACGGAAGUUCAUAGAAGCCGCGCAAAGAUACAAUGAAUUGUCUUAUAGAACGAUAGUGCACGAAGAUGAACGAAUGACUGCUCUACGAAACGCUCUAGUUUGUACAGUAUUAGCGUCUGCGGGGCAGCAAAGAUCGAGAAUGUUAGCGACUCUAUUUAAAGACGAAAGGUGCCAACAAUUACCAGCAGUCGCUAUAUUAGAGAAGAUGUAUUUAGAGAGGAUUAUCAGGAGAACGGAAUUGCUGGAUUUCGAAGCUCUGUUGCAGCCUCAUCAGAAGGCUUCUACCAUCGAUGGUUCGACCAUAUUGGAUCGCGCUAUCAUAGAACACAAUCUGUUAUCGGCCAGCAAGCUUUACAACAAUAUCAGUUUCGAAGAGCUCGGAGCCCUGUUGGAAAUCGUACCGUCGAAAGCCGAAAAAAUCGCGAGCCAAAUGAUAACGGAAGGUAGAAUGAACGGGUACAUCGAUCAAAUCGAUUCCAUCGUACAUUUCGAAACUCGCGAGACUCUACCGCAGUGGGACAAGCAGAUACAAUCGUUGUGUUAUCAAGUCAAUUCGAUUAUCGAAAGCAUCGCAAAGCACCAUCCCGAUUGGAUGCUCAAAGUCAUGGACGAGCAAAUGGUGUCCUAAUUAAGUUGCGAAUGUUUGGUUUAAUUCUAUUUAGCUUCAAAUAAAAAUUACCGCAAACUGUAAAUUAUGUAUAUUUGGU